CGAAGAAUCUGACCGGCUUCGAAGUGACUUCUGCUAGAGGAACUGGCCAAUGCACAUGUUCGAGGCCAUUUUUUGGGCACGGCUGCGAAGAGGGGCGGUGUCCUCCAGGAGAGCGUUUGGACAAACAUGCUAAAGUGGACAUGGCCACCGAGAAGUAUUCUCAGUGGGAAGUUUGUGCGCCUUGCGAAUCUGGCAAAUUCAAACAUUUCUCAGGCAACGAGGAAUGUUCUUUUUGCCCAGAUGGCCAUGUGCCACUGAACCGCACCAGCUGUGUUCCUUGUGCUUCUGGCACUGUCUCAUCUCGAGACCACCCUGAGACAUGUACACCUUGUCCUGAAGGCUCUGUCCCAAACAGACAGACGAAUACUUGUGAGGAGUGCACGGGUCCAACCUACGCAUUUGAAGGAGAUGAGUCUUGCAGGAGGUGUUUCUUUCCAGCUUUGAUCUUGACGGGCGACGAGAAUUUGUGUACCCCAGUCUAUACGGUGCUCUUUCUGUUUGCAUCUAUCCUCUUGGCAGUCUUUGUCUUGGCGAUCGUCGGAAGGUUGCGCGUUGAAUGUCUCAAAAGGCGACUCAAGAAACUAGUUGCCGCAAGGAAUUGGAAGGAUUUGCAUACCACACAGGCCAGACCACUGGAAUAUGGCCUUUGGCAGCGUAGGGCCUGCAAGCUGCUUGCGCUUCGCAAGGCUGAGGUGAAGUCGCGAUCUUUGCAGCUGGGUGUCUCUCUCGACUACGUCUUCGGCAAGCUGGAGAAUAUCUACAAGGAGAAGGCACAGCAGGCCGAAUGGCGAGUCGAUGUAUGGGGCCCAACGACACGGAGCGGUUUCUUCGUGAGGGUUCGCAGCAGUGGAGAUGCAGUUGAUCCCGAGUCUGCUUGGCCUACGCUGUCUAUUUGUGAUCACCCAGAAGACCCAAAUUUUCAUCAGGUAGCCGCGCUGUUGGCUUACGGACCAUGGGCUUUGGGCAAGGGUCUGUGCUGCCCACGUGAUGGGUUGGCAGAUUGCAGCCUUGUCGACGCACUGGAAACGGAAUGCAACAGCGCAAAGGCGACUUGGUUCCUGUCGUGGGUCUGGAACUACAAAUUCACUACUGUGCUGAAGGUUGGUGCCAUUGAAACUUUGGAGGACUUGACCCAACAAUGUCGGGUUGAUGCUGAGAAGGCGAAAGCUUCAGUCCAAGCAGAUGCAGAUGCCAUUAAAGAACGUAUCCAAAAAGAACACCAAUCCUUCGAGUAUGUGAACAAGACAGUGGAGCAAGCCCUUUGGUGUGAAGUCACCAAAUUCCUGGAGCAGUCUCAACAAGAACCCGAAGAGAUCGAGCUGUCAACACAAACGCCUCAAGACUCGGACCUGUCGACCAGCUCAGCUCCUGUUUCAGCCAUGCUUUCUGCCGACUCGCAGUGCAGUCUCCAAUGAUUUACAGGCAGACAGCCAAGAAAACGGCAUUGGCAGACCAUGAUGGGUGAAACCUCAAGAUCCGACAAGGCUCAAGUUUUGCAGUAACCGAGCUGACUCGACCCUCGGUCAAUAUUUUCUGAGCCACGGGCCUUAAACUUUUUAAGAUGCUGUCAAUCCUGCACAUGGCUUGACUUUUAGUCUUUGUUGUCUAGCCUCGGCCGCACGGCUACCUUGCACGUGGGUUGAAUCUGAGUCUUAAGAUUUG